GACAGCUCUGUGUGUUGUGGAGUCAGCUGUCACUAAGGAAGUGGUAGGAGGACAUGUCAUGUUCGGCUGCUCGUUCACGUUGGCAGGGAACAACAACAAAUACUUCUGCAAGGGGACAUGUUCUGGUAAAGACAUUCUGGUUAAAACUAAUGGUAGCAAGAAUGUUACUCAAGAUCGAUACAGUAUAGAAGACAACAGAGAUGGAGUCUUCUAUGUGACCAUCAAGAACCUGAUGAAGACAGACUCUGGGACCUACUGGUGUGGAGUGGGGAGAUAUGGCUCAGACUCAUACCAAGAGGUGCAUCUCACAGUUACAGAUGCUCCUCCCACUUCUACAACCUCACCUGUCACCUCCCGACCCCAUGUUUCCACAACCCUCCCAAACCUCUCUACAACAUCCUCUAACCUCUCCACAACCCUCCCAAACCUCUCUACAACCCUCCCAAACCUCUCCACAACCCUCCCACACCAUGUCAGUGGUCGCCCAUCAAGAGCUGUGGUCAUCAUGGUGUGUGUGAGUCUGACUGUGUUGGUGGUGGGACUCAUCCUGCUACUGAUCUACAAAUGGAGUAGAGACAGGAAAUCAUCAAGGCCAGUCACCAAUCCAGACACAACAACCCAAGACUCCACCUGCCAAACCCUCAACAUAGCAACCCAAGACUCCACCUACCAAACCCUCAACAUAGCAACCCAAGACACCACCUACCAAACCCUCAACACAACAACCCAAGACUCCACCUACCAAACCCUCAACAUAGCAACCCAAGACACCACCUACCAAACCCUCAACACAACAACCCAAGACUCCACCUACCAAACCCUCAACACAACAACCCAAGACUCCACCUACCAAACCCUCAACACAACAACCCAAGACACCACCUACCAAACCCUCAACACAACAACCCAAGACUCCACCAACCAAACAUUCAACAAACCAGCCCAAGACUCCACCAACCAAACAUUCAACAAACCAGCCCAAGACUCCACCAACCAAACAUUCAACAAACCAACCCAAGACUCCACCAAUCAAACAUUCAACAAACCAGCCCAAGACUCCACCAACCAAACAUUCAACAAACCAGCCCAAGACUCCACCAACCAAACAUUCAACAAACCAACCCAAGACUCCACCUACAAACAACCCAAGACUCCACCUGCCAAACCAUCAACACAACAACCCAAGACUCCACCUACCAAAUCCUAA